GCCAUAUGCAUGGCAUGAUUAAAUAGUACGGGUAAUAGCGAUCAAGAAGUUUUGACAAAGCAGUGAACUAUAGAACUCACGGACGUCUCUUUUACAUCUCGUCACAGUCGACGUCGGUCGUGUACCAAUUUCAAGAAACUAUUGCUCUGCCUCAAUCUUCGUCUACGCCUUCAGAAGCAACAAGCGUCCACCUCACUUCGCAAUGACUGAAAGAGAAACAAUUCGCAGUAAUGGUCGACCUGAAUCAUUCUGUGACGAGCAGCUGCAGAGAACCGACUCUCGGACAGCGCUGGCACGGGCAAGUAAUUUCAGUGCGUCGAGAACACGCUGGCCUGUCCUUCGAACGGUUCUAAAUAGCGGGUCGAACGAAUCGGUGGCAGAGACUCAGAACCUGGACAAUGACGCUGAGCAAGUCGAACGUUUACAGUUACCCCAAGGUGAUCAUGAACCACAACACACAACUACCCUACGUAAGUCUGCAACCACACAGACGGCUCGUAAUCGCAAACUGCUGUGUUGCUGUUUGCGUCGCCGCCGACGUCAAUGUAGCAGUGAAAACAUCACACCAAGUAAGCGCCAGAGACCAGGGUACCUCCGGUUACUUCCUGCCAAUAAAAGGAGACCCUAUACAGACCUGCCUACCACACCUGGAACCCAGACAGAUGACCACUUGUACUCUCAUGUUCAAGCUCCUCACAACACUCACACUGAUACUGUUCAGUUCAGAAUCAUUGGUACUAGUGAUGGAGGAUAUGAAACUGUAUCAAUUGGCCCUGAGAGAAAUAGAGAGCAUAGCACCAAGUCAAGCAAAAAGCAGUCAAGUGAUAAUUAUGAUCAUCUGAAUUGGAACGAAUACCCAAAGACCAAUGAAACAUACAAUCAUUUCAAUUGGAGAACACAACUUGAUGAAUUGAGUGUGAGUGAAAUCCAGUCAGACAAAGCACACUAUUCGACACUAGACCGAGACAAAACAAACUGUGCAGAUGACUAUGAUCAUCUAGAGCCUCUAAAGCAACCAAUUAAAACAUCAAUAUCCAAUUGUCCUUUUCAAGACAACAUUCCAUUUAACUCCACCGUUCUAAUCUCUAUAUGCCUCUUUGGGCGACAAGGAAAAGAAACACCAGUAUGA